AUGGCAUGUUCAAUAGAAACAAAGGCAUUUUAAUUUAUUAUAUGAAGAGUGCCUUGGUCCUCCUUUCUUUUUGAUGACCUAUUUACACCUUUUACCAAAGAGCACCUUCUAUCUACCAAAAUAUACUAUAGUGUACCUCAGUAGCGCUUCCCUUCGUCCUCUUUCUACUAUAAUAUGCUCCUUUCUGCAAGUUUCCAUACGUGUGACUUCCUGUAUGUAGUAAACCCAUGGGAUGGCACAUGCUACGGUCGCAUCCAAACGGAUCUUGGCUAUACGCCCAGUCUUAUGACUAAGUCACACAAAGACAAGUUUGUGUCAGGUUGGAAAAAACACUACCAUACAGUGGGGCAAAAAAGUAUUUAGUCAGCCACCAAUUGUGCAAGUUCUCCCACUUAAAAAGAUGAGAGAGGCCUGUAAUUUUCAUCAUAGGUACACUUCAACUAUGACAGACAAAAUUAGAAAACAAAAAUCCAGAAAAUCACAUUGUAGGAUUUUGAAUGAAUUUAUUUGCAAAUUAUGGUGGAAAAUAAGUAUUUGGUCAAUAACAAAAGUUUAUCUCAAUACUUUGUUAAAUACAAAUUUUUACUCUAUAGGCAGACGUGUGUAGGCUACUGUAGUUCAAAUGUCUAGCCUAAAUCUGCAUCAGUAAAUAGGGUUAAAUUAAAAUAAUUCCUUAUUCCUCUGGGAGAUUAUGUAUUCAUCCCUUGAUAUGAAAGGCUUACUUCACUCAUCGAAGUUAAUAUGAUUUUAGAACCUUUUUAGAGAUUUGAUUUGGCAUUCCUCCAUUUUCUGUUUUUCUGUGAUCUCAUGUCUCCGGAGACCACUUCAAGAUGAGCACAAGAAAAUGCCAUAAAGCUUUUUUAUUAUGUAAAGAAUUUGGUUUAUUGAGUUGACAUUUUGACGGCCUGUAUUUCCUUUGUUUAAAUGUUGUAUUCAAUUGGAUUUUUUAAAUUUUUUAUUAAACACUGACUUUUUCUUGUGCUGCUGUUGCAUUACAAGCCCUUGUCAGAAAAGAGAAGUUGAAAGAAGACAGCAGGUCAAACUGAGCUUAGAGUACUGUCGGGUGAAGUUGCCCCUAGACGCUGAUCUCGGGUAAGUUUAGCAUUUUCCCUACUAAUGGUUAAGGUUAAGAUAAGGGGAUGGGAAGCUGAUCCUAGAUCUGUACCUAGGUUAUACUUCACCCUGGAGCGAGGUUCAAAGCUAAAAACCAUAAGGAUGAGAAAAAAUAUAGUGGAUGGUCUAUGUGCUUCUGUAUUCAACUAUCAUUCUUCUUAUCGUGUCUCAUUUUAUAUUGCUGUUGGUGUUUCUGGAUGAUUUUUUGGCUGGUAUUGAAGUGUGCGGUGUGUUUGGUUGACAGUUUGCCUCUAAAAGGCUUCUGCCAUCCAUCUUUUCCAUGCUCCUGUAGUGAACGAUAUGUCUGCAGUUCAGUUCUGCCAGUGUAUUCCUGGGACAUUUGAGAUUGAGUCGACAUCAGACAGACAAUGUUACGUGAUUUUAAAGAGAAGUAGCCUAACUACCCUCACCUCACCUCACCUCUCCACACACACACAUACACACACUCCUCCUCUUCCCAUUCUGGCCCUCUAUAAGAUCUCAUUACAUAUCCUGCUCCCAAGGCAAAAGAGCAGUGUGCCUUAUUUAAUCGAGUUGCUAUGCAGAAAAUCCUUCCCAUUGGUUUAUUUCCCAAUGGCCUUUAGAUUGUCUUUGUAGGAUUAAGCACAAUUAAAAAAUAUAAAGAAACCAGCUGUGUAGCUAACAGAUAAGCCUUUUGAUUAGUCAGCUCAUUCUAUACAAGCCUGUUAGAACUGUAUGUACUGUGUAGGCAAUUUGGUAGCCAUUUUGUUUCGUCACUGGCCAGUAGCAAAUCUGAAGUGUCAAAUUAACCUCGAAGAGAACAUCCUGCUUCGUCUCCAUGGUGAUUUGUUGAGUCCUUGAUCUCCUGUCUCAUCGUAUGACGAGGUCAUCAACAGCUCGUUGCUCUGUGACUACAAGUAGAAUAGCUUGUUUCCUCAACAGCUCUGUCUAUCUACGUUUAUUUUCUGCUAUUACGGACUCUUGUAUCACAACUUUUGAUACAUGCGUGUGUGUAUUUGUCCAUAGUGUAGCCUACCCAAAAGGUAAAAUGUAAUAACAUUGACACAUGCUAAUCUUCAAGGAUAUAAGAGACCUGUUGGUAGGAGACCAGUUCCAGGUCACUAACAGAGCCCCCUGUCUCCUGUGUGUGGUCCCUACGGGCUGUAGGAUGUUCUCGUCUGUGAAGGCCUUCGAGGGGCAGCAGUACUCCACCCUGAAGAGGCAGUGCCUUGCCAGCGGCCUGCUGUUCGAGGACCUGCGCUUCCCCGCAGUGGAUGACACCCUCUUUUACCAGGGCAACAGGAUCGGACGUGUGCACUGGAAGAGACCCCAGGAGCUCUGUGAGGACCCUCACCUGUUUGUGGAUGGGAUCAGUGCGCACGACCUGCACCAGGGCCAGCUGGGAAACUGCUGGUUUGUGGCGGCGUGCUCCAGCCUGGCCUCCAGAGAGUCCCUGUGGUCCAAAGUCAUCCCAGACUGGAAGGAGCAGGAGUGGGACACAGAGACGCCUGAGUCAUAUGCCGGAAUCUUCCACUUCCGCUUCUGGCGCUUUGGCGAGUGGGUGGACGUGGUGAUUGACGACCGGCUGCCCACGGUGGACAACCAGCUGGUCUACUGCCACUCAGAUGACAGUAACGAGUUCUGGAGCGCACUGGUGGAGAAGGCCUAUGCGAAAGUGUACGGCUGCUACGAGGCCCUGGACGGUGGGAAUACGGCGGAUGCACUGGUGGACUUCACAGGGGGUGUGUCGGAGCCUAUGGACCUGCUGGAGGGCCAGAUGGCCACGGACGAGGUGGCCCGCAACCAGCUGUUUGAGAGAGUGCUGAAGGUCCACAACCGGGAUGGCCUCAUCAGCUGUUCCAUCCGGGCAACCACUGUGGAGGACAUGGAGGCGCGGCUGGACUGCGGCCUGGUCAAAGGCCACGCAUACGCGGUGACGGAUGUGAAGAAGGUGCGUCUGGGCCAGGGCCUGCUGGCCUUCUUCAAGUCAGAGAAGCUCAACAUGAUCCGCAUGAGGAACCCAUGGGGAGAGAAGGAGUGGAGCGGGCCCUGGAGCGACAGCUCAGAUGAGUGGAAGAAGGUGAGCAAGAGUGAGAGAGAGAAGCUGGGUGUCACCGUGCAGGACGACGGAGAGUUUUGGAUGACGUUUGAUGACUUCUGCCAGUACUUCACAGACCUGAUCCUGUGCCGCCUCAUCAACACCUCCUACCUGAGCAUCCACAAGACUUGGGAGGAGGAGGUGAUGAGGGGCUCCUGGGUCCCCCGCCAAGAUCCCCUGAGGAACCGCUCUGGGGGCUGCAUCAACCACAAGGCUACCUUCCUGCAGAACCCACAGUUUGUGUUUGACGUGAAGAAGGUAGAGGACGAGGUGUUGAUCGCCCUGCAGCAGAAGGAGAGAAGAGCUACCACCAAAGAGGGCAAAGGAGAUAACCUGGCCAUAGGCUUUGACAUUCACCGGGUGGAACUGAACAGAAAGUACCGCAUGCACACGGCCCAGCAGAAGGUGGCGGGCUCCAUCUACAUCAACUCGCGCUGCGUCUUCCUCAGGAAGGAGCUCAAAGAGGGUCGCUACGUCAUCAUCCCCACGACUUUUGACCCCAGGCAGCAGGGUGACUUCCUGUUGCGGGUCUUCACCGACGUGCCUUCAGACUGCAAAGAGUUGAACCUAGACGAGCCCCCCCAGACGUGUUGGACGGGCAUGUGUGGUUACCCCCAGCUGGUCACCCAGGUCCACGUUCUGAGUGCAGAGGGACUCCAGGGCCAGGACUCUAAUGGGGCCUCUGACCCGUACGUCAUCAUCACCUGUGAGGGGGAGCGGGUGCGCUCACCGGUGCACAAGGACACACGGAGCCCCAACUUUGACGUCAAAGGGCUGUUCUACCGCAAGAAGCCGAAGGAAGGCAUCCACAUUGAGAUCUACAAUAAGAAUGUGAUUGUGGAUACCUUCCUGGGUCAGGUGACCCUGUCCAGUGACCCUAACGACCGGCAGGUGCAGCACACGCUCCACCUGCGCGACAAGGGCAAUCGCCAAGACAACGACCUCCCAGGCACAGUCACCGUGCGCCUCAUCACCUGCACCACGCUCAUCAACAUAUGACGCCCCUUCCGUCGCCGCUCUUGCCAUGGAAUGUCUGAGUUACCUUUUACCUUGGUCAUCAUGACAACCCUUUGCCUCCCCCUCCCCUCCCCACUCCUAAACCGAGCAUGGCAAUUAACCUGUUAACCCUGGGAUCUAGCUCCACCCGACCCGGGGUCCCCCUAAACAUAUACAGACACAGCUUGGUGUCUUUUUUUCUCUUUCUCUCUCUCGCACACACGUACACGCACACACACACACACACACACACACACAGAGGCCGUGUCUGAAUAGCUGUACUUGCGUUCUAAAGAGUAUGCGAAAAUAGAAAGUUUCAUAGUAUUUGACAAACAGUAUGCUUUAAAACUCAGGAUGCCAUAUUGGUUUCAUUUUUUCAUCUAGUAUAAUUUGCUGCACACUAUUGAGGAAGAGAAGCAUAAUUUCAGAACCACGUGUGAUUGACAACAGCUGAUGAUAAGCUAUUCAUCAGAUAAGAGGACGGGCUGUACCAAAACAAAUGAAUAGCAGGAACUAACUGAUUAGAUGACGCAUUCUCAGUGUGGGUGAGUCUAGUACACUGAUAUGUUCCUUACUGCAUACAUAUACUAAACAGUACGUUCUUAAUAGUAUGUAGCAUGAUUAGUACACAGUAUUUCGUUUUAGUAAGUAGUAGACAAGACAGAUUUCAGAAACAAUCACACACUCCUAUCUCUCUACAUGCCUUCAACUCUCCCACACACACAUACCUUUUAACAUGCGCCUGCACUCCUAAUACAUCUCCCAGUGUCACUAAGGGCUAAGCAUCGCCUUAAAGCUGAGUGGGUCUCUUUAGGACCCUGUGUCUUUUUAGGACCAGCCAUAUGUCGGGUUCGAGGGGGGUCAUGGUAUUGGGUGGUAUACUGGGACCCCCUCUAUCCAUCCUAUUCGCUGAGUGUUUUGUACUUUGUCUCUUGACUGAUGUCGCAGCCCCAUUGUAGUCCCAGAAAGACCAUAUUAUCAGCCUUUACUGUUUCUUCCAUCAAUGACUGGGUGUCGUUUGGGAGGCAACAUAUAGUCCCCACAAAACAAGCCAACUACCAAGAAAGUGACGCCAAAAGCACCGAUGACUGCUGGUGUUUAUGUGAGUGCAGCCUUGCCUCCUCCCCCCUCCAUCCCAUCCAUCCCCCUUUCCUCCUCCCACUCCCGUCCCCUCGGACUACGCUUCUACCGGUUGCCAUGGACGAUAUCGAGUUUAGCAUGGCUAAAAAAGACUGCCUGCAUUGCGCAUCCCCCAUCCCCUUUACACACACACACACACACACACACACACACACACACACACACACACACACACACACACACACACACACACACACACACACACACACACACACACACACACACACACACACACACACACACACACACACACACACUCGUAGCUUAGCAACCGGAGCUUUUGAUAUGCCCCAGUGACUGUGGAGCUCCGCCUGCCAUAAUCAAGUGCUUUACGGGACCAAAGACAGAUCAGGCUUUCCCUUCUCUCUCCCUCUCUUGCCGGCGCCAGUCGCCACUGUGCCACGUCAAUCGGUCUUCACUAUGGCAACGCCACUGCCUGACACUUCCUGAGUCCUGGGACUCCUGUCAUGUGACCUGGGCUUUCGACUUGUGGGCCUUUGAAUCAUGUGACCCAAGAAACAGUAGCUGUUGUCCCUCUGUCUGCGUAAAUCAGUUGUGUGUGUGUGUGGGGGGGAGUGUGGGUUGGGUGUGCAUGUUUGCAAACAUACAUUCAUACGUGUGUUAUGUCUGUGCCUUUGGACACACCAUGCACCUCGCUUAGUUCUGACGGGCUCACAGGCUUGGCUGGAUUUAGGGAUGAGUGGAAGAAGAGAGAGAGCGGAGGACGGAGAGAAGAGCGGGAGGAAAUCCGUCUGUCGACUCCUGCCAAAAACAACCUGUGCCAUAGCCUUGGUCCUGGCUCUGACUGUGUUGUGACUCUAUACUGUUCCCGAAAGAAACACAGACAUUUUGGAUUAGCAUCACUGUAAACUCAGUGCUAUUUGAAAUGGUCGUUUGAAAAGUGUGGCUUUUUGUCUUGCCAAGACAGAGAGAGACUAUGUCUUCAUACAGAACCAUCACUGGUACAAACAGUUAGCAUAUCUUCUCAUGUAGGUCAUGUCGCGCUCUUUUGAUCUGCUUUCCACAGGCUAAUUAUCUGGAACUUUGACAGUGGCAAGUGUUGGGGAUACAAGCCCCAUACGCUAUGUCAUCAUGUUGAGUAUCUUUUCAAAAGUGUGAUAUGAUUGCAGAGACUUUUGUAGUGCAGGAUCUGAUAGUAUGUCUGUGUACGUCUUUUAAAAAAUAAUUUAUUGUUUACAGCAUCGUCAAGAGGAUCAGUUAAGAAACAACGACAGAUCCUACAUCAGUUGUGAAUCAUUCCCAAGACAUUUCUUUUUUGAAUGUAAUGCGGAGAGCAUCGACCAAUCUCUCUGUCUAUCAAACCAUCAAGCCCUUUUACUUGUUUACUUGUGUUUUUUCCAGCGCCUUUUUUUCAUUACUUGAACAACAAUGCCAUUUCUACAUUUUUCAAAACUUGUAUUGUCACAUUUGUUUAAUUAUACUGAACAAAAAUAUAAACGCAAAAUGCAAUAAUUUCAACGAUUUUACCGAGUUACAGUUCAUAUAAGGAAAUCAGUCAACUUAAAUCAUUGGAGGCUGGUGGGGGGAGCUUAGGAGGACGGACACAUUGUAAUGGCUGAAAUGGAAUGAAUAAAAUGGAGUCAAACAUGUGGUUUCCAUAUGUUUGAUGUGUUUGAUACCGUUCCAUUUAUUCUACAGGAGCCCGUCCUCCUAUAUCUCCUCCCACCAGCCUCCACUAAUUUAAAUACAUUAAUUAGGCCCUAAUCUAUGGAGUUCACAUCUUUGCAGGGGCGCAGCCAUUGGUGUGCCUGGGAGGGCAUAGGCCCGGCCCACCCACUUAUGAGCUAGGCCAACCCACUGGGGAGCCCACAAAAGGGCUUUAUUACAGACAGAAAUACUCCUCAGUUUCAUCAGCUGUCUGAGUGACUGGCCUCAGACGAUCUCGCAGGUGAAGAAGCCAGAUGUGGAGGUCCUGGGCUGGCGUGGUUACACGUGGUCUGUGGUUGUGUUGCAGGUUGGACGUACUGCCAAAUUCUCUAAAAUGAUAUUGGAGGAGGCUUAUGGUUGAGAAAUGAACAUUAAAUGGGGACAUUUCUGCAGUCAACAUAUCAAUUGUACGCUCCCUUAAAACUUGAGACAUCUGUGGCAUUGUGUUGUGUGACAAAACUUUACAUUUUAGAGUGGCCUUUUAUUGUCCCAAGCACAAGUUUCACCUGUGUAAUGAUCAGCUGUUUAAUCAGCUUCUUGAUAUGCCACACCUGUCAAGUGGAUGGAUUAUCUGGGCAAAGGAGAAAUACUCACUAACAGGGAUGUAAUCAAAAUUGUGCACACAAUUUGAGAGAAAAAUAAUCUUUUUGUGCAAAUGGAACAUUUCUGGAAGGUUUUAUUUCAGCUCAUGAAACAUGGGAGCAAAACUUUACAUGUUACGUUUAUAUUUUUGUUCAGUGUAAUUAAUGUGUCUUAGUUUGUUUUUAAUCAUAUGUCCAUGUCCUUGUAUUGUUCUUCUAUUGUUACUAUUCUAUAUUUCUUUCUUUCUUCAAUGUGGGAAACAAACGGUAUUGUAAGAAUCAGCAUGUUUACACUAUUGCACAUCAUCAGAAUCAUAUCAAGAGGUUUGAAAUGGUCCCUUUACAGGUACUAAUCAGUGACACCCACCAUUCAUGACAAUAUGCUUUUAGUAUUAAUGAUCAUUUGUAAGUUCAAAUGACGAAAGCGCCAUUUAAAUGCUGUGUGACAUAUGUCCUUCUAUUGUGUUGAGUUGCAGACUAAGGCAGAUAGACUAGUGGUUAAAAAGAAAAAAAUUGGGUAGAGGUAUGAUAGAUGGUUUUCGCUAAUGGUUUAAUUAAAUUUGACAGGUAUAAUACUUUAUUACUUGUUAUAAGCGCUAUGAACCUUUUAGUUUAUAAUUUCUUGUUAUAAGGCUUAAAAUAGGUUAUGUCUCUAUGAAGGACAUUUUCAAGUUAAUCAUAUAGACUGUAAUUUAUUCAGGAUAAUUUUGAGAUGAUAAUAACAAGACAUUAUAGAUGCUUAUGACAAGUCUUACAAUGCAUUAUAACCAUGUUAUAAAGCCUGACGAGGCUGUAUGGAAGUUGAAUUUCUUAUUGUUUCCCUCAAAGUUUGGCUUUAUUGUUAGCAAUCAAUCAAUAGAUAAUCAAGUGUAAUGAUAUCACAAUCAAUUUCUUAACUCAUGAAACUUAGUUUUAGGCUAAAAAUAUGCUUUCCCUCAUGGGUGUGGGUGUGGUGUGCUCCUCUCUGUCUGAUGAGGUCAUUUCUGGGCAAUAUUUCUUCCAUUUAGGGCAGGGGUGUCAAACUCAUUCCACGGAGGGCCUAGUGUCUGCAGGUUUUUGGUUUUUCCUUUCAAUAAAGCCCUAGACAACCAGGUGUGGGGAGUUCCUAACUAAUUAGUGAUGUUAAUUCAUCAAUCAAGUACAAGGGAAGAGCGAAAACCCGCAGACACUCGGCCCCCGUGGAAUGAGUUUGACACCUGUGAUUUAGGGGAUGCUUUUUGACUCAAGAUCACCCCUAGAGGUCAAUGUUCUGUACAGCCUCUUUAAGUAAUGUGUUACAGAGAGUCUAAUGCUAUGACGGUAUAUCAUGGUAGAGAGAGGUAGAGGUAACAGUGAUAGAGUGCCAUAGAGCGGAUGCAGGUGUGGCAGGGUUAAAAGACGUUGUGCCAAGCCAAGUAGAUUAGUCUUUCAUGGUAGGGGAAGGAGAGGUCUUCGUGCCAAAGGGGUAAUGGUUAGUUGGCUGUUGCCACGAUGUGGCAACGUGUGCCCAUUCAGCCAGACUGGCACUCGGUUCUCCUCGAAUCAGGGGCACCAGUGGUGGGCAAGUUGGCAGCAGCAGCCAUUUUGGUUAUUUAUAAAACUCAGUUUCACAACAUUGUUGUGCCCCCCACAUACAAACAAUGUCUGAAGUUGGCUAAUUAACCCAAGUCCCUAUAAUCAGCUAAUGCCGUAUUGCAAGUUCUGUUCUGACCAUAUCUGAACCAUUAUAGGCCCCAGGACCAAGGGGUUGUAUCACAUAGGGUAGACCAUUGCUGGUCUUUUUAACUAAUGUGAAGUAUGUGCCACAUAUGUGCCAAAAUAGAUCUGAGGAAAAAGACUGUUGUACUGUAGAGAUGUGUUUUGUUGGUUAGAGUUCUACUGUUUAUGAACUUUGUUUGCUACAUUGGUGGACGUACAUGUAGCUAGUUAAACAUUGUGAGAAUUGUCAGACCUUUUACGUUCCAAUAUGCUUUCUUUUGUGUCUUUGACAAAAACGUGUGAUAUUUGUGAUCUCAUUGCAUUCUUAUCAUUUGCCAAAAGCAACAGUCACUCAAGGUACAAUUGGUUUACCCUGGGUGGGCGGAGUGUCAAUUCACUGAUCUGGUUGCCUGGUUAGCAUUGUUGUAUGGGUUUUCUUGCACUGUAUAUAUUUUCUGAUGGCCCAUGCCAAAUGUUUUAAGUACAAAAAACACAUCAGAACAUUCAGAAGUUUGUCCAGUUUUAUAUCAAGCCAAUAACACCAACGCAUGUAGCUAACGACUUCAAAUCAGCUCGCACAGUUUGAUUUUCAAAGAUAAUAUCUUUUUUAUUCAAAGUGUUGUAAACAUUGUUACUACUUUGAUGCAGCUUAUGUUGCAUACUUGCAUGUAUUUUACAGAUUCUGAACAUUUGAAUUCAGCAUUCUAAACAUUAUGUACUGUAUAUGAAAGUGGCAGCAACCAAAGUGUUUGUCCACUACUGUGACAGAUGUAGAUAUAUUGUGACGAACACGAACACCCUAUCACCGAACCCAAUAACAAUAUCCCUAUUGGAAGAGAUUGUUAGGCACAUGUUAAGGAUAGGAUCAUUACACUACUUCUUCCAUUUCAGAAAACAUGUCCCCGCGCUGCACUAUCACAAGGUCUGCGUCUUACAGGACAACGUUUCGAAGGCCACGAGCACUAUCCCAUUUCUGACACCAGUUUGAUAAACGUGGAAGUAGUGCUAAGUCCCUAGCGGGCUGUAAACUCUGUAAACUCUGAGAUUAAAGACAAGCACCCUAUCCACAAUCACAAUAGGGAUAUCCCAGUUGGGAGGGAUUGUACAAUAUAUUCCAGACAUUUAUUUCAGAGGUAAGAGGAUAAUAGUUGACAGACAUUUGAGGCAAUAUUCCGUGAGAAUACGUGUAAGAUGGAUACUUAUCUAGUUACGUUUUAAACUAACGUUUCAUUAUUGUUGGACAUGGACAACAUGAAAAAUGUGAGGAAUACCGAAAACGUAUGAUUGCAGAGAGUCUGUGUGUUAACGAUUUAUUUUGAUUUUGUGUUUUUAUUAAAGCCUGUGUAAUGGCAAAACAGUACUUUAUAUGUUUCAGUUGAACACAUAGGUCAACAUGGUGCAAUGAUUUACAUAGGUUAGCUCGUUUAGUUAGCCUUGGAGCUGCCUUGAGCUCGUUUGCCUGCAUACUGCUGCAUGUUAAGGACAUUGGUCAUGAAACUUCAUUAACGGUUAUGCCAGGUGUUACAUCAUCUUUACGAUAGCAUAAUGUAUACUGUAUGACAUUGCUGACUUAAAUUUUCCAAGACAAGUAACACCUGUGUUCUUAUCAUUGGCGGCCAUGUUUUCCAAAAUGGAGUCUGAUGCGUUUGACGAAUGAGCUUGUGAUUCUCUUGUACUUUUCUGCCAAUGUGUAUUAAUUUGAGACUAGAAUAUACUGCAUGGUGAAACUUAUAGAAGAUAAUAUUGUCUUUAUAACAAGUGUCUUUUAUUAUCAAUAUUUUAUACUCUUGCUAAUUUUAUAUAUCCACUUAACCUUGUGUUCUCUACGCUUAUAUGUUUACUAAUAGCUAGACAUCGAAAGGCUGGAUCUUAUGUACUGUAUGCUUGUCUGUGUGUCUUUUUUUGUUACCGUAUGCAUUUGUUCGAUUUGAUUCUCAGUUACACUGUGGUUAUUUUACAGUUAUGAUCUGGAAGUUAUUUAUUUUCAUUUUGUAUUUUAUGUCAACUUGUGGCAUGACUUUCAAAUAAAAGAUGAAACCUUA